UUAUCACUUGAUCAGCUCUUCCGUCACCGGAUUUUCGCCACUAGCCACCCUCGCAGUUUUUGCUGUUUUCAGCUGUUUAAGAAGGACACUUCCACCAAAACAAGUUUAUUUACGCAUUUGGAAAUAUCUUCGGCAGUCUUUCGCAGAAAAACCGGCUCCCGCUACUGGAGGAAAAGUAGACGAAAUAUCAGGUUUACUCGCACACUUGGAUUAGCCUACUUUUGAAAACAACCUACGAACUCGAGCGUAAACUAGGUGAACGAAGAUGGCGAUUUGCAGCCUGAGGUGAUUUUCGUUUGCUUGAGAGAGGUCAACACAGUUCUCUCCGCUCUUUGGCUCCAAACAUGUCUGGAAAAGCUGAGAACAUGCAGCCACCGCCGAGGAGAUUGAAACUCGGCCAAGAGCUGCGAACAGUACAGAAUGAGCAAGUGUCCAGUCUGCACUCCAAGUUUCAACAGGAGUCGGAGUUAUUAGAAGAAAUAAGGGAAUUUUCUAAACAACGAUCAUCUAUAGAGCGGACAUAUGCCCAGUCUCUGCAGAAGCUUGCUGCGCAGUUCCAACAGAAGAGGGUCUUCCCGGCUCUGACGGAAGAACAGAAGCAGAAUGAACAACAACACAGACUGGCCCUACAGGUGUGGAAGGCCAUCCUGGACGAAACGGAGAAAGUCUCCAAGGCCCGCGUGACCGCCUCAGAGACGCUCAGCUCACAGAUCGCCGAGGUCAUCAAGAUGCAGAAGAACACGCGGGCGCAGACACUGAAAAAGUGUGAUGACAUGUUCAAUGUUUGUCAAGAGGAGGUUCAGACGACGGUCAGGGACCUCUCCAAGGCCAAGAAGAAUUACUGCGACACGGAGACGCUCGCCGAGGAAGCCAGGGAAAAGGCCCUCGAUGCUGAGACCAAAUUAAAGAAAGGUUCACUCAAGUUCUUCCAGUCCAAGUCGGCCCUGGAGCGUCAGAUGUCCAAGCUGACGGCCCGGCGGGAGACCUGCGACCGGCGCUCGGCCCACAUGCGCAACGAGUACCUGCUGGCCAUCACCGCCGCCAACGCCCACCAACAGAGAUACUACUCCACAGAUCUUCCAUACAUCAUGUCCACACUAGACGGGAACUUCUACGACAGGUUGAAGGAUUACUACUCCAUAUUUGCCACAACAGAAAUUGAGCUGGGGACUUACGCCAGGGCGUGCUUCGACAAAGUACAAGGCGAGGCAGAACUGAUCACAAGGGAGUACCAUUCUCAGCGGUUCCUUCAGAAGUGUCCCGUGUUUACCAAACCCCUGCAAUAUCACUACACACCCAUCGACACAGACCAGGUAUCUAGUAUGGUUAUCGACCAGAAGGAAUCCCUCUAUCUGGACCGUGAAGCCAGGAAAUGGGCCACGUCGGUGGCACGCCAAGCCAAGAGUAUAGAAGACAAUGGGCAGAUCUUUCAAGAAGUGCAGAACUCUAUGGUACAACUCAAGGGAUCGGACACAUCCUCAGACAGCGGCUUUGGUCAGGAGAAGGACUCGGAGCAGAAACACGAGACGCUCCGGGAGACUCUAAGGAAGUCAGAGACCACCAAGCUGAAAGCAGAGGCCAAACUCAACAUGCUGAGGAAUGCUGGCAUCAACGUUGACCAGUGGGUGGACAGUGCCUACGAGGCCAUUGCCAAGGAAGCCGAGAUUGAAGCCCAGAUGAAGCUACAGCAGGCAGCUGCUAAACAAAGUGCGCACAGUGAGGAACUGACCGCGAGCCACGCCAUGAACAGCUUUGAUUCGUUCGACGACACCUUCGAGGCCACGCUGAACGAGGACCCAGACCCUGUCCAGCCCUCACGGGUUCAGGAGACCUGCAUCAGGGCAGCAGCCUUGUACGAUUAUCAAGCUCAGCGAGAUGAUGAGUUGUCGAUAAGGGAACAUGAGUACCUGGAAAUCAUUGAAGAAUCAGAAGGAGAUGGUUGGGUCAAGGCAAGGAAUGAGAGCGGUCAGUCCGGCUACAUCCCGGAGGCCUACGUCCAGGUGGAGCGUCGUCACGUCACCCGGCAGCUCUCCAACAACUCCUCGGAGGGCAGCCCGGGCUGGUCCCAGCUCAGCAAGACGGGCCAGCCCUACAUGUCCUCGGCCUCGCUGACCGACUACGAGGUCCAGGCUGCUAUGGCCAAUCAGGUGGGCGCCGCGACGGCCUCGGGACAGACCGUGGGUGAGUCUGAGUCUGAGCAAGCGCCAUCCGGCAGCCACGUCUGUUUUGCGAGAGCCCUGUACGACUACCAGGGCUGCACCACCGAUGAGCUGUCCUUCUCAGAAGGCUGCGUCAUCAAGGUCCUGAAGCAGGACGACGAGGGGGACGGCUUCUGGGAGGGGGAGCUGAACGGCCGGGUGGGGGUCUUCCCGUCGCUCCUGGUGGAAGAGCUGGGAUGCCCCUCGGUCAACGAGAUUGUGACGCCCGAGGUAGGUUCAACACCAACAGUGUUUGUAUUUCCGGAGGAGAUUGAGGAGACCAGCGAGCCACCGUCCACCCUCCCUCCGUCCUUGCCCCCGCCCCCUCUACCGGACUCCCUCCCGACGCUGUCCGUCUACAGCGAAGUGGACAGGAGGCGGCCUGCGUCUGCAGAUAUACCUGAUUCUCCAAACACCAGUCCUUACUACACGAGAUCCGCCCCUCAGAGUCCGACCAUGCCUGGCUUGAAACCUGCACGUGCUGCCCCACUGCCACCGGGGAAAAUCAAGAAGCGGUUGUUUGAGAGCCAAGGGCAUCGACAACCAGAGACGAGAUACAGCGACGAGGGUCCAGUCACCAUGGUAUGAUGACUGCUACACGGAACGGGAGAUGCUAGCCACAGGGAACUAUAUAGGGGGCGCUGUGUUCAAUAAAUUUAUGUGGGUUUUCCUGGCACACACUCUGAGUAGGAGAAGCUGGCCUUGGGUAACUGAUAGAGGGCGCCCUGUUCAACAAAUUGAUGGGGAUUUUCUUGUCGCACACUUGGAAUAGGAGAAGCUGGCCUUGGGGGACUGAUAGAGGGCGCCAUGUUCAACGAAUUAAUGAGGAUUUUCCUGGCACACUCAGAACAGGAGAAGCUGGCCUUUGGAAACUGAUAGAGGGCGCUGUGUUCAACAAAUUAAUGAGGGUUCACUUCUGUGCACACUCGGAACGGAGAAGCUGGCCUUGGGGAACUGAUAGAGGGCGCCAUGUUAAAUUAAUAGAGAGUUCUCUUCUGUGCACACUCUGAACUGGAGAAGCUGGCCUUGGGGAACAGACAGAGGGCGCUGUGUUAACAAAAUUUACUAAGGACUCUCUGCUGGGCACGCUGUGUCCCUGUCACAUGUGUGAGCUUAUGAGCCCAUAAAGAUGUACUUUUAAGUGGAGCUGUGGAAAAAUUUGCUGACCACAGAACAUACUUGCUCAGCAGAUAUAAGGUUACCAGUUGCAAAGUCAUGGAAAGUGUGUCUUCUCUGGUACCCAGCUUGAAUUAUUUGCUAAGCAAUAUUUGUGUGCUAAGCAGAUGUUUGAAAUUGGGCACCCGGUUAUUAGACUGGAGCUGCUGGCAGACUCUUUGGAUGUAGCUGGAUAGUUGAAACUACUUGUCAAUACUAGAAUGAUCGUCACUUUAUGGAGUGAUUGCUCAUGCACGCAUCAGGUGACCAACAUGUGGUCGAAUGCUCAGUGUCACAUGACUUAUCAUGUGACCUGACUGAUUUUUCGGCUUGAUUGAUUGAUUGAUUGAUUGAUGAGUGUCAUGUGACUUCUAGUUGUCAAAAUUUCACUCAUUGUGCACUGUCACGUGACUGUCACCAGCCGUUUGAUUGGUUGCGACUUGAAUUUCUGUGUUAAACUUGUUGGAAUUGUAUGAAUAACAAAAAGUGAAGGCUUUACAUAUUGGAGAUUUGAGAUGAAGUAUGUUCAGUUGAUAGCCCGGCCGGUUUCAGUGACAUCAUUUGUUUAUGUUCUCUUG